AUGCAGCAGAAGCACAUGCGAGAGUACCGGAUGUCCGAGGACUGCCUGACGCUCAACAUCUACACGCCCCUCCUCCCCGAGGCAGCUCUAACCCCGGCCGCCCCUGCUCUCCAGCCAGAGAGCCGCCGGCGCAGGACCAACGCCUCCGAGCUCCCCGUCCUCGUCUACAUCCACGGCGGGUCCUUCUACUCCAACGGCGGCAGGCUCUACCCCGGGGAGAAGCUGGCCUCGGAGGGCAUCGUCGUCGUCACCAUCAACUACCGCCUCGGUCCUUUCGGGUUCCUGUCAACGGGCGACGGGUGGUCGAGGGGGAACUGGGGGCUUCUGGAUCAGCGCAUGGCCCUCCUGUGGGUGCGCCGCCACGCCAGUGCCUUCGGGGGCCACAAGGACAAGAUCCUCCUGGUGGGCAACUCCGCCGGGGCCGCCUCCGUCAUCCUGCACCUCGUGUCCCCUCUGUCCCAAGGUAGGUCGAGCGAGGUCAAAGGGAUCACUGGAGAUAGACUUGAGCUGAAGAAUGCCAUUGGAGUAAGACUGGGUCAAAGGUCACACGACGAACACUGGGUAAAGGGAGGUCACAGUGAGUUCAAUAACCCGAUAACACAGUCCUUAUUCCACACGACUACCUACCGGUCUCGCGGCUUUACGGAAAUAAUUACAGAAGUUUACCUCUAA